AUGGAAGCCUUUGAUAUCUUCAACGAGAGAAUGGCCAGUGGCGAGAGCGAUCCCGCCAUCCUUGCGGCAAUGGCGCGGGUUGCCAAGGCCACGCAGUCUGGCAUGGAAAACGCCAGACAAGAGGCUGAAGACGCCAAGCAACAGGCUGAUAAGUCCAAGAAAGACUAUGAAGCUCGCAGAAGGGACUUUGGUCCGAAUCAGCGGUUGAUCAUCCAAAAGGUUGACGACAUAUGCCCGGUCCUCCAGGGGAAACUGGAACUCAUCGAGCAAGCUAUUGAGGAUAUCCCUCGUGGAACAUUCAUGGAGACCCUGACUCAAAGGGCGACAAAAGCAUUGGGUGAGAAGGUCGACGGAAGCGUCAAUGGCCUGGUGGCUCAGUUCGAGACACUGCUCAACUCACACACGCAAACCAUUCCGAGCAUUGAACAGAUUGAUGGCUCGGUUCGUGAUAGGAUAACUGCUAAUGGAGACGCAGUGGAUGAGAAGCUAAGGAGACUCAAGGUAGACCUCCAGGAGGCUAUCUGUGCAGUACUCGCAGAUGCCGUGAAACGGCUGUUGACGACCGAUGAAGGCAAGCAGACCGCCGCGGACACAAUCACGGAGAUCAAGGCUGCCGGCGUCACAACGACUGAAGAAAUAGGGCACUUGCGGCAAGCUAUUGAGCUGAACAAGAAAGACACCCUGUCGAAGAUCGAGACCUCGGGUGCCAUGGCGCGCGAAGAUCUCAAUGGUGUUCGAUCUGACCUUGUUGCAGCGAAGGAAGAGUUUCUGGUCCAGCUCAACUCUUCAUGCACUGACACGAAACAAGGAAUCAAGGGAGUUCGAACUGCACUGGAUCAAGCAACGGAAGCCGCCGAUGGUCUGGUCAAUUCUAUUCGGGACAGAACGCGUCAAGGUCUCAACGACAUCAAAAAUGCCCUCGAGGCACAGUCGUCGAAGUUGAUGUCUAUCCAGGACAGAGUUGAACAGGUUGCCACAAGUACACAGACUAUGGAGGACACGAUCGAUAAAAGCAAAACAGAGUCUGAAGGUGCCUGGAAUAGAACCAUUCAGAUGAUCCAAAAUGGCUUCGCUGCUCACUCAACAGCUGAUGGUCUACUUGAGGCGAAGCAGGCCAUUUUGACCAAACUUGAUGAUCAAGCUCAAGUCGAUAAUGCCCAGUUAUCGAAAGCUGAAAAGGCUAUUGAUUCAUCCUUCGGUAAGGUACAAGCGCGGCUUGGUCAGAUUGAGCAAGGGUUGGCUGAAAAGCCGACUGAGAUCACGCUGACUUCGACGUUAACAGGCCAGUUGGACCUUGCCGUCAAUAGGCUCGAGAUCAAGAUAGCCGAAUGCGAGAACAGGGCUAUCAAGAGCCAUGAGUAUCAGGAGUCUGUUGCGAAGCAGCGGGCACUGUUCAAAGAGUAUCUUGAGGAUUGCCAAACAACAAUGCGUCAGGCUGCACAGUCAACAAGCGAUCGCAUUGAGAGGCUAUUGAGUGACAAGGCUUUUGAGCAGCUCCAACAGGAGUUCAAGAUCAAGCUGGAUGCUAAAGACCAAGAGAUCAGACACCUUUCGGAAAAGGUGGAAACCUUGAUCACCAACUGCAAUGACAAGGAAGCCAUCAACCGACUGCUACAGCAGCAGUCAUCAUCUCACGAGGGUCAGCUCAAAGCCCGAGAAGAACUAUGCCAGGCAAGAGAGGAAUCUUUGCGACAAACCCUUUCGAAGGAAGCUUCGUCUCAUCAAAGGACGUUGGUGAACUUGAACAAUCGUGAGACGAAGUCAAAGAUUGACCUGAAGGCAGCAGCUGAUCAACUCGAGGCUGCGGAAAACGAGUUGUCUCGCUUGAAUCAUCAGCAUAACCUGAAAUUGGAAGAACUCGCUGACCUGGAGAAAGAACUCAAGACGCAUGAACAGGAAGCUGAAGAAGAAGAGAGGGUGCAUAUGGAGGAGAUUGUGUGGUUGAAGCAGCGAAUCAAGGCACCCUUCGAAGCAAAUGAGAUAACCAAGAUCCUCCACGACAUGGCAUUGCAGGUCAUGGAACUCGAUGUUUACCCCAUUGCGGCAUCAGCAGGACAAGCAUUUGUCAACGAGUUGGCCUCACAGCUGCUUCUGACUGGUAGUGCUGGACGCUUGACGUCGUUCGUGCAUGGAGUGGACGAUGAACAGUGGCGUUGCUUUAUUGACGUCUGCAAAACUGACAACGUGCAGCCUCUUCCGAAUAACGUCUGCGAAAAGCACAAUAACGAUUGCCCCAAGGUUUGGGUAGAUCUGGACAAAGCACCAGAGAAGAAGGUUGUGUAUUUCGAACUGUGA